AUGCUCAUUAUAUCUAACCCAGCUUCUGGUCAUAAAAAUGGCCCUCAGUUCAUCGAAAAUUAUAUUUUGCCUUUGUUGAACAAAUACCACGUUUCUUUCAAGCUUGAAACUACCAACGCGCCCAAGCAUGCUGGAGAACUCGCCAAAGACUACUUACAGUCUCUUAGUAAUGCUAAAAAUGCGACAAUACUUGUAUCCGGUGGCGACGGGACAAUUCAUGAAGUCAUAAAUGCGCUAUACGGUCGUUUAGGCUCCCGAGACUCAAACCAUGUGUGGCCAAAGCUUCAGCUGAUACUCUCGGACAUACUCCAUUUCGUUCGAGAAACACUUCCUACAGCCGAUGCAGAGGUAGCGAAUGGCUUGCAGUCUGUCGUUGCAUACCUUCGUAGAACGGGCUCCACGCGUCCACUGGCUCUAGCUCGCACGGUUAUUAGAGCGCAGGAUGGCUCCGAAAGGAAAUCGUUACUAUCGAUCGUGGUGGCCUCGACCGCAUUGCAUGCUAACCUCUUGCAUACAUCCGAAGAGCUCCGUGCUGCCAUACCAGGCGUCGAGAGAUACACCGAAGCAGCAAAGCAAAACAUACAUAAGUGGUCGCAUGCCACUGUCCGAUUCAAGCCUCCUUUAUCUGGAAAACCCAUUUUACUUUUCGAUCCUGCUUCGGACGAGUUUGUUGAGACGGCCACUAAAGAGCUCUCAAUUGAUGGCCCAUUCGCGUAUUUCUUAUCUACAGUAAACGUAGACCGACUAGAGUCUGGCUUUGUUAUCACACCUCUAGCAUCGAAAAUUAAACCAGACGCAGAUGUCAUGGAUAUUGUCGUCAUCCAGCCAUUAAAUAGCCCACAAGUAUCUGGGGAUACUGAGGAGGAACGAGCCAAGUUUGCGCAGAUACUGAUGGGUUCCAUGGGUGCUGCGAGAAGUGCUACUCAUACCCACCUUCGAUAUAAUCGGGAGAAAAACUCUAGUGAAGGCCCUUCCGAAAGUGCGGAUGGACCUCUGGUCGUUCAAUACUAUCGUUGUGGUGGUUGGGAAUGGAUGCCGGUGGGUUCGCUCUUUGCGUAG